AUUGGAGCAGGGUAGCCACAACAUAGCAAUCCAAUACAAGAGUAAAAUAUUAGUUGAAAAUGUAAAUUAAUUUAUAAUCCUAACCAUCAUAUUAAAUUCAAUGUAAGAGUGUUAUAAUUUUUCUCAUUUUAUAUCUAUUAAAAAUUGAAAUGUAAUAAGAAAUAACAAGAAUGUCAUGAGUCACACUGCUAAGUCCUGUGUCCGUUUCCUGUACAUCAUGCUGCAUGGUUGGUGCGUGAAAGUGAUGAAUUGUGUUUUUGUGAGAUUAACAACUGAGUUAUAGAUUUAUUGAAUUCUGUGUUUUGUAGAGUAUUAAAAACUUAUUAGCUUUUAAUAUGCGAUGAUAACUGCCAUUUAAUUGGGAAUUUAUUUAGUUUAAAAUGCCUGAACUAUUUGUGCUGUUUGAACAUGCUUCUGGCUAUGCAUUGUUCAAAGUCACAGAGUUUGAAGAGGUGGGGAUGCUCCUACCUCAAUUAGAAUCAUCUGUGACAAAUCUUGGAAAAUUCAAGCAAUUGGUCAAGCUUGUUUCCUUUUCGCCGUUCAAGAAUGCAAUAGUUGCUCUAGAAGGAAUCAACUCGAUUUCCGAGGGCAUAGUUCCUGAAGAUCUUCAAAUAUUUCUGGAGAAGAGUUUGCCGAGUCCUUCAAAGAAAAAUCCGGUUUCAUUGGGCGUGUUUGACACGAAACUUGCUUCUGCUCUUGCUGAAUCAUUAGUGGUGAAAUGCGAAUGUACCGGUGUUGUACCUGAAAUCAUCAGAGGUAUAAGACUUCAUUUCCCAAACUUGGUGAAAGAUUUCACGGACAAAACUCAAGCUGUGGCUCAGUUGGGUCUCAGUCACAGCUAUUCCAGAGCCAAGAUAAAGUUCAAUGUAAACAGAGUGGACAACAUGGUCAUCCAGAGUAUCGCGCUACUUGACCAACUCGACAAGGACAUCAACACUUUUGCCAUGAGAAUAAGGGAAUGGUAUUCGUACCAUUUUCCAGAGCUGGUGAAACUUGUUCCUGACAAUUAUUUGUAUGCAAAAGUAGCGCAAGCUAUCAAGGACAGAACCGGAUUGGACUCAAGCCGAAUCGAUGAUUUGGAAGAAAUUGUUUUGGACAGAAAACUUGCCACUGACAUCGUGUCUGCAGCUGAAUCAUCGAUGGGAAUGGACAUAUCGCCGAUCGAUCUGAUCAACAUAGAGCACUUUGCUAAGCGCGUGACGUCACUGGCCGACUACAGGAAGACGCUGCACACAUACCUGCACAGCAAGAUGGCGGGCAUCGCGCCCAACCUGUCGACGCUGAUCGGCGACCAAGUGGGGGCGCGCCUCAUCUCGCAGGCCGGAUCACUAACCAACCUCGCCAAGCACCCCGCCUCCACCGUACAGAUCCUCGGCGCUGAGAAGGCACUUUUCAGAGCUCUGAAAACGAGAGGAAAUACUCCAAAGUAUGGCCUUCUGUUUCAUACAAGUUUUAUCGGACGAGCACAAAGCAAAAUCAAAGGGCGCAUCUCCAGAUAUCUGGCCAAUAAGUGUUCGAUCGCUUCACGCAUUGACUGUUUUGCAGAAAACCCAUCAAAUAUUUUUGGAGAGAAGUUGAAACAGCAAGUCGAAGAUAGACUCAAGUAUUAUGAAACUGGUGAGAAGCCAAAGAAAAACAUUGAUGUCAUGAAAGAAGCACUCGAGGAGAUUCUUACUGAAAAGUCUCAACUGAAUGGGUCCGUUCAAGAAAAUGGAAUGAAGAAGAAAAAGAAGAAGAAGAAGGACAAAAAACGAUUGUCGGAAAACGGAAAUGAGAGCAUGGAGGUAGAUGAGCAGCCUGCUGAAAAUGAUGCUGAAGAGCCACCCAAGAAGAAAAAGAAGAAGAAGAAGCAAAAGGAAGAGGAUGAAUGAACAUUCUCUCAAAUCACUGUUACUUACGCGAUUAGUGGAAACCAGGUCUUGGUGCUGGAAACAUUCUCCGAUUUUUUAUCAUUUGAUAUUAUAAUGUAGUUGAAUAGGAAACUCUUAUUGUAUCAAUAUUUUGAAUGAAAAAGACUAAGAAAUUGUCAAAAAA